GUUUUCCCCUCCACAGUCGCUCAAAAAAACAAUUCAAAGCAAACCAAAUCCCCAGACACUCAGAUAAACACACUCUCUUCCUCUGUUGCUGGAUUUCUGUUUUUCUCUCUCCUAGGGUUAGGGUUUGGAUUCAGCUAUGGCUUCGUCUUCCUCUGAUCCCGGUUUGAAAUCGGAAGUCGGUGGUGGUGGCGGCGGGGCAGAGGCGUCUGAGGCGGUGAUAGCGAACGAUCAGCUAUUGCUGUACAGAGGACUGAAGAAAGCAAAGAAGGAGAGAGGAUGUACUGCCAAGGAGCGCAUCAGCAAAAUGCCUCCCUGCGCCGCCGGAAAACGCAGCUCCAUUUACCGUGGAGUCACCAGGCAUAGAUGGACUGGUCGUUAUGAGGCUCACCUUUGGGACAAAAGUACCUGGAACCAGAAUCAGAAUAAGAAGGGAAAACAAGUUUACUUGGGAGCAUAUGAUGAUGAGGAGGCUGCAGCUAGAGCUUAUGAUCUUGCUGCCUUAAAAUAUUGGGGCCCUGGCACUCUCAUUAAUUUUCCUGUUACUGAUUAUACAAGGGAUCUUGAAGAGAUGCAGAAUGUCUCAAGAGAAGAAUACCUUGCAUCCCUGCGGAGAAAGAGCAGUGGUUUCUCAAGAGGAAUUUCUAAAUAUCGUGGGCUUUCCAGUCGAUGGGAGCCGUUUGGUGGUAUGGCUGGAUCUGACUACUUCAACAGUAUGCAUUAUAGUACAGGCGAUGAUCCAGCUGCAGAAAGUGAAUAUUUUGCCACUUUCUGCAGUGAAAGAAGGAUUGACUUGACAAGUUAUAUCAAGUGGUGGGGGGCCAAUAAAACUCGUCAAGGAUACACUGGGACAAAAUCAUCGGAAGAAACAAAGCAUGCCGGAGAUAUUGGUGUUGAACUGAAAACACUGGAAUGGGAAGUUCAGCCUACCGAACCAUACCAGAUGCCACGAUUGGGUGUGCCCAAUGAAGGAAGAAAGCAUAAAGGUUCUACCGUCUCUGCCUUGAGCAUCUUGUCACGGUCAGCUGCCUACAAGAGUUUGCAAGAGAAAGCAUCAAAAAAGCAAGAAAACGGCGUUGAUAAUGAUGAGAACGAAGACAAAAAUACCAUCAACAAGAUGGACUAUGGCAAGGCAGUUGAGAAAUCCACAAGUGAUGUUGGAACUGGGAGAGUUGGAGCUGCACUAGGAAUGAGUGGGGGAUUGUCUCUUCAGAGAAAUGUCUACCCAUUGACUCCUUUCUUAUCUGCACCGCUUAUGACCAGCUACAAUACUGUUGAUCCCUUAGUAGAUCCUAUUCUCUGGACGUCUCUUGUUCCUGUUCUUCCGACUGGACUUUCUCGCACAGCUGAGGUUACAAAGACUGAGACCAGUUCAACUUACACACUCUUUCAUGCGGAGGAAUAACAACACAUUUCCUUUUUAUCUAAAUUUUGGUGAGAGGCGGAAAUCGGCCUUGACUUCUUCUAUCUGGAAGGGUUUAUGCACUCUGUAGCAAACAUCAGCAAACAUCUCAGGAAGUGUAUGAAGAGCUCAGACUCAAGAGUAUGGAGAGCUUAGUUUAUUUAUCUUAAGAAUGAGGAUUUUUACUUGAUGGUUGCAGGCUUAUUUCUACAAUCAGAUCUAGGGAUAUAGAAAGGAAAUACAAAUAUGUCCUCGUGUUCAUAAUAACGUAGAAAUUGAAUAGGGAAAAUUUCAGUCUUUCUUGAAUAUUUUUGUACAGAAAUAAGAGGAGCUAGUUGUAACAUGCGCAAAUUAGUGUAUCUGCAGAUGCUGAUGUCUUAUUUUCUUGUUAGUAACAUCUCAAAUGCAUUUGGCUUAAUUUGUUUGCAAUUAUUCUGGCUUUACUGCCAUGUAGCAAACACUUGAGUAUGUAAGAUGAUGGAGCUUAAUUUCUGGUUAAUAAGUCAGAAAAUUAUUUUUGUAUU